AUGUUGACCACCUCGUUAUUCAUGUUCGCGCUCGCCGCGACUGGUUUCGCCCAGGCGCCCGUGGGCUACCGCACAGUCUACAUUACCUCCAACGUGGACCCCGCGUUCGUCAUCGUGCCCACGACGGCCACGGCCGGCGCCGCCAUCGUAGUACAGGCUAGGACCAGCAAGCCAGACCAGCAGUGGUACUUCAAGGCAGGAAAUACCACUAUCCAAUACGCCGGCUCAACACUCUGCCUAGACGCAGGAGCUGAGAGCAACUGGGUAGACAUGGCCAGUAUCUCCCUCGAGGAGUGCGCUGCUACCGCGGCGGGCCAGCAGUGGGUAGCCAUGGGCGACGGGAGGAUCGCGCUUGCAGGCUCGUCGCCUCAAGAGUGUGUCGAUCUCCAGUACAUGCGGGCCACUGCCAAUAACCCGGUCGGUCUCUACAGCUGUGCUGGGUUGGGCAACAUCGGCGCCGCGGACAAAGGCAUUAACUGGCCUCUUGUGAAUGCCACCCUUUAG